AUGUUUUUCGCUACGGGUAAAGACAUACCAGGUUUUGAAAAUCUUAGAUCAGAUGAUCAAGCAAUGAUAAUGGAAAAAAUUUCAAUUGUAGAUGACGACUUUAUUGUUAAAAAAAUAAAAACACAUUCCAACAAUGGUGACGACACUGUGGUUAAUGAAGAAUUACAAGAUAAAUUGACAGUACAGAGUAAAGCAUUUGAUGCAUACAGAAACGAUUUGAAAGAUUUAACAAAAAAUGAAAUACAAGCAUUAUUAAAAGAAAACGAUCUUGAUUUGCCUUCAAGUCGGGAAGUAUGCAUAGAUAAUUUGGCAGAUUGCAUGGCUUUUGGAGUACCACAGAAAUGCCCCGAAUGUAAAAUAGGUCAAAUAAUACUCGAUGAUUUUAAUUAUAGGUGUACUGGAGAUGUAACUCCAUGGACACAAUGCCAUUAUACCACUAAAGAACCUGAUAAAGACCUUUUCAAGGUACCCGAAUCCUUAAGAAAUCAUGAUAUAUUUAAAAAUUACAAAAGUAAUAUUAUUCAACGUAUAUUUUCGAUUAAACCAUCACAAGCCACUGAUGUUGACUUACCGGAUUCUGCUAAUCCUUACAGAGGAAUAUCUUAUCCAUUAAAGAAUAUUCAAUUCUUUUUGUACGGUAAACUUAAAACUCCUAAGGAAGAUCUCAAGCGUAAUAUUUUGAAAUUAGGUGGUCUUGUCGUAAGCAAACUUACAGAUACAACUGCUGCUGUAGUUACUACAAAAGAAGAAUUAGAUAAAAAUUCUACUAUGAUACAAGCAAUUCAAAAUAAAGAUAUAGAAGUAAUCGAUGAAACUUACUUUGACCUUAUUAAUACUGAAAAUGGAACAGUUUUAGAUUCUCUAAGACUUAUUGAGGAACAAAAUAUAGCUAGUUGGGGAUCGGAUCUCUUCAAAAGAAUACCCAAAAAUGUUUUGGAUGGUAAAGUUGAACCUAAAUCAGGAAACAUGUAUCAAAGUUCAUCAAAACAUAUAGAGAAGAAUUCAGUAAAAAGGCCAGAUCAUACGUUCCAGUAG